GGACAUCUGGCUCUCCGAUGAUAGACCGGUACAAGGUCGACUUAAUCAAGGCACGCGGAAAGGAAAGAAGAAGCAAGAGGAAAAUCCAUGGUCUUAUCCUCUUCUUGAGGAGGGUGCGUUGACUACACUGGGUCUGAGGGGGGAAUAUGGAAGAUUUGAAUGGGACUUCCCCUGUAGGAAUACUGGACGGAGGCUGUGUCAGAAAGGGAAGAGUAGUGAGAUAUAUCCUCCCACAUGUCCCGUACCGGUCCAAAUGCCACUCUCGUCGAUACGGCAACGUGCAGAGCAAGGGGCUCACUUUAUCAGGACAUACUUUCCUGAUGUUGAUAUCCCGGGAGAGCUCAUACGAGAAGAGAUAGCCAUGGACGCUCGAGCUUCGCAACAGCUUCAGGAAUUCGACCCGUACGCGGGAGAAACGCUGGAAAUAGUAGAGUGCUAUGACAGUUCACGCAAACGCGGGUCAUGUCUAGCCUUUCCCAUGGGCGAAUCCAAACGAGAUUUGAAUAUCUUGCCCUUUCCCUACCAACAGAAGGAUAGGGCAAUGGCCAACCCUUCGCCUCAACCUGUUAAGUCGUUCGAAACACCCAUUGUGCAAUUAGCUGGCUCAUCACUUGGUUCUGCAACUGCGCUGGGUUCAAUGCUUGCUGUUCGGACGUUCGCUUCCACGACGCUUCUAGAAGUCAAGGGGAAGGUCACCAACGGGCCCAUUCAAGUUGUCUACGGAGUGUCAGCUGUGGCGCAAGGGGUCGUCAGCCACCCUGAGAUUGGGGAUCGGCGGGUCGUGGAUGUCAAACUACGUCCAACGAGCAACCCUGAACUGCUCUUCGCGGAUGAUCAAGGGUCCAUACGCACCUGCCGCAUGGGAGGCGGGGGGAACGCAAUUGAUGUCUUGCAUAAAGCAUCAGACAGUGACUUGUCGGCGUCGCAAGACCCUUUCCACAGGAUCGCUCUGCCCAAGCAGGCUGAUUGGUUCCUGGUGUUUUCAAGUAACGCUGUUGGUAGAUUGGACUUCCGAUCAAUAGCCAAACCGUCCUCGGUUUUCUCUGCACCGCAGCCUUCCUACCCUGUCACGUCUGUUGAAGCGUCACGCUCAGAUCACCUGAUAUGCAUCACUACCUCAAAGGAUAUAUUAUGGAUCGACGACAGAUUUACUCGAAAGCCAGUCCUGGGCUAUAAGCACAAACGCGAAUUUGACCGGUCGUUGUUCACGGUCACGACAGAGAGUCUGACCAGCCCUUUGACUCUACUGGCUUCUCGCAAGAACGAAUUCAUCACUGUGUAUGAUGUUUCUCGAGACCCUGCCGAUGGAUUGGUCUACUCGAACGCAUCCCCUUACUCUCCUUUCGCCACGAAUCGCUCGAAAGCACCUUAUGCAGGUGCUAAGCUGUUAGUAAAUUCUCAAGGCAGUAUGACGGAAUACAGCCUGGUACGAUUAUCUGAAAGGGGAGGUCUAGAUCGUACGGAUUUCCAGCAUUUCGAGGGAAACAUGUCAGCAGGCGACUUGCCGACAUCGAACGCUGAACAGUCAGCAGAUGUUCCUUCGAUGGGAGAUGAGGGCCGGUUGCGCCCGGACGUUGGUCCCCUAGGAGGACGUGAGUUUAGUCAAAUCGACUUGAGACCCGUCUAUGAAAGGUUGAUGAUCCAUGGGAUCGGCAAGGACCCUGAAGAGGAUCCCGAGGCUGUAUAUGAAAUCCUAGAGAAGAUGCCCACCUUCAAGCAGAACCUGGACGAGCCGGUGGACAAUGUCCUAACUAUGUUCGACAUAGCAUUUCGGUCCGGAGACGAACCAGAUGAAAUAUCCAGAUCGGACUUCCUCACCCAGAGCUCCCUCAAUUCUGCCCGCGGGUACCGGGCUUUGAUGCUGGGGCGGAUCCCGAAGUGUGCGUUGAUAAAACAAUUUCCUUGGCACAAAGACAUUACAUCCUUCCUUCGUCAUUUUGAUUGCGACGGAGAUCAUCCUGAAGAGACAGUCGAACAGCUGCGUCGCUACGAUCUGGCAUCGCCGCCGGAGCGUGCUGGUCCAUCGUACCGACUGGAAGCAGAGGCUCGCGAACGACUCACGCUUGAUCUGGCAUUAUCGUCGGAUGUCUUCUCCGUUAACUCAUUUCGUAAACCGUCCGCGUCGGAUCUCGACGACGCCUUCGAGACUAUGUCCCGUGCGACGGAAAACAUGUCCUUGUCCGUGUCCGAGCCUCCUCCUGUCCAUUUUGGGUAUCUUCGGCCGGCAAUGAAGGACGCAAAGAAUCAUUACCCCAUGGUAGAUGGAAAGGAGCAGCCUCCAAUGCGCGGAGCUUCAAUGGAGAUGCCUCUCGGUGCCCGCCUCUUGCUGCAGGAAUGGGAUGUGGAUGGAGAUCCGGACAGCUAUGUUUAUCAAGAUCCGUAUGACACGGCUGGGUCUACGCCAACAAUUACUCCUUUUCGAAGCAAGCCGGCUGCUGAAGCGAGCCGAAAUUCUUCUCGCCCGGAGAGGGAGACACAGAGGCCGCCUGUGAUCGUUGCAGCUCGAACACUUGCUCCUCCUGUGCCCUCUUUGCAGACCGUACCCAGGCCCGCGGCAGUUCAAUCUCAGGAGCCCAUGGCAGGAGGACGCACGGGCGCUACGACGCAGUUAACUCCUGCAAACUCCCAAUCUCAGGACAUGUUCAUGACGAACACUCAGAUUCUUCCUGGACCGUUUGGCGGUCGUGUGCCUGUAGGCAAAAAGAAGGCAGCGAAGAAGCGAAUGGGUGGAUUCUAA